AUUGGACAGAUAGACGCUUCCACGGCAGUUCAGCCCUGCUGCCUGUGUGUGGCAACCGGGGGUAAGCUGGACGACUGGGGGGGAAAUGCGAGAUUGUGGAGAGUACCGUGUUACGCUUUUAAAGAACCUCUUCGACUCGUAGGAGAGAUUUUUGGAAGCUUAUAUGUAUAUAUGUUUUUUUGUCGUUUUUGAGGGGAUUAACCAGCCGCGUAAGGAGCGCAUUCCUCGGAGCUUCAACGACGACGACUAAAGUAGUUUAAUCGAGCCCGACCGAGCGAUUUUUUUUCCUCCUAACUGCUCCCUGCAGUCUAGUCCAGCCUGACUGGGUGCGUUCUGGAGAGAGUGGAGGAUGCUUCUCCAGAUCUGGAUCCACAUUACAAGGAAUUAAGCGCCUAAAUUAUAGCCUUCUGUAUUUUUUUUCUUCUUUUUGGGGAAACAAAGGUCGGACCGAAGAAUAGGACGCACAUUCGGGAUUUUCACGACCUCCCCUCACCCCCUCUAUCCCACCCCUGUCUGCUGAGACUGACAUCUGUGAGCAAAUUUCCAGCCUUUUGCUAAAGGACCUGCACACUGGAGACAUAAACAAAGGACACAUUUAAAGAUGUAUCCACAGGGCCGACAUCCGGCUCCACAUCAGCCCGGCCAGCCCGGCUUCAAAUUUACCGUUGCCGAGUCUUGUGACAGAAUUAAAGAUGAGUUUCAGUUCCUCCAAGCCCAGUAUCACAGUCUGAAGGUGGAGUAUGACAAACUGGCCAAUGAGAAAACAGAGAUGCAGCGCCACUAUGUCAUGUAUUACGAGAUGUCUUAUGGGUUGAACAUAGAGAUGCACAAACAGACGGAGAUUGCCAAACGACUGAAUGCAAUUCUAGCUCAAAUUAUGCCUUUCCUGUCACAAGAGCACCAACAACAGGUUGCUCAGGCAGUGGAGAGGGCUAAGCAGGUGACUAUGACCGAGCUGAAUGCCAUCAUCGGGGUACGUGGACUUCCCAAUCUGCCUCUCACCCAGCAGCAGGCUGCCUACCCUUCUCUUAUGCAGCAACAGCUCCAGGCGCAGCACCUUUCCCACGCUGCUCACGGGCCUCCAGUUCAGCUGCCGCCCCACCCCUCGGGUCUGCAGCCGCCUGGAAUCCCCCCUGUCACCGGCUCUGGAUCCGGCCUGCUGGCGCUCGGGGCGCUGGGCAGCCAGGCUCACCUCCCAGUGAAGGAUGAGAAGAACCAUCAAGAUCUGGAGCACAGAGAAAGCACGAAUAACUCGAUAUCUCCAUCAGAAAGCUUGCGGACGGCAAGCGAGAAGCACCGCAGCUCUUCUGACUACAGCUUGGAUUCCAAAAAACGCAAACUGGAGGAAAAGGACAGCAUGAGCAGAUAUGACAGCGACGGAGAAAAGAGUGAUGAUUUGGUGGUAGAUGUGUCUAAUGAGGACCCAGCUACUCCACGGGCUAGCCCAGCCCAUUCCCCACCUGAAAACGGCAUUGAUAAACCACGCCCACCCAAGAAAGAUACACCAAACAGCCCAGCAUCUGUGGCCUCCUCUGGAAGCACCCCGUCCUCGAAGGCAAAGGAGCUCAGUCAUAAUGACAAAUCCUCCACGCCUGGUCUUAAAUCCAAUACCCCCACCCCGCGUAACGAUGCCCCCACCCCUGGCACAAGCUCCACUCCUGGGCUCAGACCCAUACUGGGCAAACCACCAGGCAUGGAGGCUCUUGCAGCACCAGCUUUGCGGACCCCUUUGUCCAUUGCUGGCUCCUAUCCCCCCUUUGCCAUGAUGGGCCACCAUGAAAUGAAUGGAGGCCUAACGAGUCCAGGUGUCUACGCUGGCCUGCACAUCUCCCCUCAGAUGAGCGCUGCAGCAGCUGCAGCAUAUGGACGUUCGACUAUGGGGUUUGAUCCUCACACUCAUAUGAGAGCCCCAGGCCUUCCAGCCAGCCUCACGUCUAUUUCUGGGGGGAAACCUGCAUACUCCUUCCACGUAAGCGCAGAUGGCCAGAUGCAACCUGUACCCUUCCCGCCUGAUGCCCUGAUUGGACCGGGUAUUCCACGUCACGCACGUCAGAUCAACACGCUUAGCCACGGCGAAGUGGUGUGUGCUGUCACCAUUAGCAACCCCACACGUCAUGUUUACACCGGCGGUAAGGGCUGCGUCAAAAUCUGGGACAUCAGCCAGCCAGGCAGCAAAAGCCCCGUUUCCCAACUGGACUGUCUGAACAGGGAUAACUACAUCCGAUCCUGUAAGCUCCUGCCUGAUGGCCGCACAUUGAUUGUUGGAGGCGAGGCCAGCACUUUGACCAUCUGGGACCUGGCCUCUCAGACGCCUCGCAUCAAGGCCGAGCUCACCUCAUCGGCCCCGGCGUGCUACGCCUUGGCCAUCAGCCCUGACGCCAAGGUCUGCUUCUCCUGUUGCAGUGAUGGAAACAUCGCCGUUUGGGACCUGCACAACCAGACCCUUGUUAGGCAGUUCCAGGGUCAUACAGAUGGUGCUAGCUGCAUUGACAUUUCCCAUGAUGGCACUAAACUGUGGACAGGCGGCCUCGAUAACACUGUUCGCUCUUGGGAUCUUAGAGAGGGUCGACAGCUGCAGCAGCACGACUUCACUUCACAGAUCUUCUCCUUGGGCUACUGUCCGACCGGAGAGUGGCUUGCUGUUGGGAUGGAGAGCAGCAACGUGGAGGUGCUUCACCAUUCCAAGCCUGACAAAUAUCAGCUCCACCUACAUGAAAGCUGCGUCCUCUCCCUCAAGUUCGCCUACUGUGGUAAAUGGUUUGUAAGCACUGGGAAGGACAAUCUGUUGAAUGCUUGGAGGACUCCUUAUGGCGCCAGCAUAUUCCAGUCCAAGGAAUCCUCUUCGGUCCUGAGCUGUGACAUCUCAACGGAUGACAAGUACAUCGUGACUGGCUCUGGUGACAAGAAGGCCACAGUGUAUGAAGUGAUCUAUUAGCAGUGCUUUGGAUGGGAGCAUGCACAUGCUUAGGAACAGCACGCUCUUCCUCCGCCUAUCUUCUCCCUAACGGACAACAUGGAUUCCGCUAUGCGGGACAGGAAGUUUGGCAGUGCCAGACUAAUGGAUGCCGGCGCUGCUUUGGACCUGGAUUUUUAUGUCUGAUUAAAACACUUGUACAGCAACAACGUUUCUGCAAAGGCACUAAGAGAAAGGAAAUAAGACGAAAAAUGUCGAUUUCUUUUUUUUUUUUUUUUCUCUUUCGUUGGAUUUUUCUUUUUUUUUAACCUUUUUGACUAUGGAUAAAGUUCCAUGAAAGCUAGAAGCGGCGCUUCUCUCCGGAGCUUUUCCUCGGAGGUCCUGUGAAAAGUGUACAUAAUGGAGUAAUAAAUGGCCUUUUAUAGAUUUAUAUUUUGGUGUCCAAUUUCGCUUGUGAUGGUUCUUUCUUGUUCUCUGUGAUUUUCUGUCCCCUUUGGGGAUGGAAAUUAGAUUAGGACUUUGUAAGAGGAUAUUCUGUUUCCUUCCCCUCCUCCCCCUCCGUAGCAUUUUUUUCCCCCAUGUUCUUUGUCAAGAGCAACCUUUUUCGGAAAUCUAAUUUGGACGGGUUUUUUUCGGACAACAGCUCCUUUUUUUCUUCUCCUAUUUGGUACAAAACAGAUGCUCCAAGGAGUAUAGCCACACAGAUUUCCAGAAAACGUCCCGCUGACCCCCACCGGCCCUGACUGGAGGAAGGAGAAAUUCAUUGUUUUCAGUUUCAUUAGCCCACUGGCUUUGGUCAGCAGAAACUCAACUCUGAAAUGAAGAUCUGUCACUUAACACUGGCUGCUUUCAGUAACACCAAAAUGGAUAACUAACAACCGGAAGACUGAUGGAUUUCCUAAAAGCCAGCCGUGACUUGAGCUCCGUCUGUUGACUCAACCAUUGUAUGAAAAAUUCAUUGCACCGCUCUGCAAAGUCAUCAGUCUGUGCAAGUUAAUUAUUGCCUUUCUUGUUUUGACGGCCUGUGACUGAUAUGCAAGGCUUGCUUGGUUACACAUUUAGAUGGCGAGCAAAGCCACGCCCACAUUUUAAAUCCUGGGUAUACAGUUUGCUUUCUUUAACAUUGACAAUACUCUGCCUGGGAAAACUCUUACAGGAAUGGUCUCUGCAUAAACUGUGUCGCAUACACGUGUCACCCAUAAGGACUGUACAGUAGGCAGUUGUUGAUAAGUCAAUAAACUAUUUAUAUAAAAUAUAA